UGCAGAUAUUGCUUUUACCACUCCCACGAUCAUGAUUGUGUGUUUCUCCAUUUUAAUACAGUAUAGCAUAGUAUCAGAGGUCCCUUACAAGUCGUGGUUCGCUAUCACUGGAAGUGUCACAGAGCUAGAGCAGGCACAAUGCCGGAGUUCCGAUUCAGACGCAAGAAACAACAAAACCGCCGGAAAACGGUUCACAAUCCGGAAGAAACUGCCAAACAAAUUGAAGCGGCUAAAACCGUUGAACCCAGCAAACCACAGAAGCGGAACAGUAUCGGGACCGUAAAACAACCCUCACCAAAAGCGGGUGUGUCUGAACUGGAAGUGGAUGUGGCCAGUGUCCCCAAGGCCGACAGGAGUAGCUUGGUUCAGGAGAGAGAAAAGUUUUUUGAGUUGUUGCGGACUAAGUAUCCCGAGCAAGCUUCGAGUUUGGAGAAGAUGACCAACGGAGACGAGGAGGUGAUGACUAACGGACACGAUGUGGAUAUGUUUGAUCGACCAAUGGAAUUCGAGGAUAGCAACGGUAUCUUCAAAACCACGAGUGCGUCUGAGCUGCCCUCGUACAGAGCCGAGGAGCGGACCAUCGCCAGCUCCUUUAAUGAAUGUCUCUUCCUUCGCUAUGGCAAGUCGGUACGUCACUGUCCCAUGCCAUCACCCAUCACACUCUCAACCGUAAAGAGCUUAUAUCGUAAUCUGUUUGACCUCGGGGACGACCUCCUCAAGAACCCAGACUCAUUAAUAUUUGUGAGAGAGCGAAGUUCACGGGAGUGGAAGAAACUAGAAGGAAUUGGUAUGGUGUUGGAUCACUGCACACUACUGUUGCUAGAGCCAGGCCACACCCUAAACCACACCCCCUCCCCACCGGCAGACUCGGACAUCAACACACCCCUCGAUCUAUCGGCGGCCAACACACAGAACUCAUCACAAGGGUCCCAGCCUCACGUGCACACUAGCGGUGUGGGGAGUGGAAGCCACAGCAGUGCGGACGACAAAGAAGCCACACCCACCACUGGACAAGGACGCAAAUGUAAUGGUCUAUGGAAGGCGGGUCGUAGUAAGGAUGUCGAGGAUUUGACGAGGGUACCGGAUAAUCUCCCUGUCCACAAGACCCACUCCCUCACCUCCCCACUCUCCCUCACCAGCAGCACCUCCGGAGUGUACUCUGAACCAACCGUGGACACCAAGAAAGUAUCAGAGAAAACACGUUUCCUACAAAACCGGAUUUCAAGCAUGAAGUCCGAAUUUAAAAAGUUACGUAGCGACCAUGUCACCAAGAUGAGCGAGUUCUCACUGACAAUGAACCAGACGUCCAAUCAGAUCACAGCAGCCCUGAGGGCGUUCUCAAAAGUGGGUGGAGUCGGUAGUGGUGGGGAGGAGUUUAGAAGAGAGAGGAUCGAGUUAUAUAGCGAGGAAGAGAGUUAUCAGAAGCUCUCGAAUGAAACACUCGGAGAAUUGAAGCUCCUGGAGACGGCAGUAGAGGAUAUGAGAGUGGAUGUGGUGGAUCGUCGCUGUGGUGUUGAGGAACAAGAGGUGGACUCUCUGUUACACGCUGUUUCCACAGUUACUAAAGCAGUUAACGAAAUGCAAACUCACUAUGCCCCCCUGGAGGCCAAAAUAAAACGAGUGAUGGAGUCAGAACUGCAGACAGUUAUCAAAGAGGAAAAAUACAUACAAGGGGAGGGGCUUAGAGUCACUGAAGCCGUCGAUACCUGCACCAAACUUGAACAGACACUGGGGGUACUCAUGCAGUUCGCAACCGUCCAAUCACAUCGCACGCCACUAGUACCCUACUAUUACUCGGCGACAAAACCUGAUCGAGAGGCCCUCCUGGAAAAUAUUCAAGCUGUGAUACCAAACCACGCCCAUAGGGUGGAGUGUCUGAAACGAGCCGAAACUAUAUUCAAGAAAAAGAAAGCACUUCAUUCGCCUUUGAAUGCUAAGUUGAAAGAGUUUGAAGCACAGUUGCGUAUACAGCGCGACCACCUUCGCCAUAUCGAGGUGUCUACAAUUGAAAAACGCCAUCAGAUGAAAUUACAAGCCAAUUUCAUGGAGGAGAGAUAUAAAAUGGAGAAAGAAAUUGCAAAGGAGCUGGAAACGGAACGAAUAUUGGCUCUCCAGAAACGAGAGCAGCGAAAGAAGCAGAUGGAAGAGUUGUGGAAAUGGCAACAAAGAGCGAAAAUGGAUAACGAGAAGACGAGACAGAAACAGAGUAUACAACGUGUGAUGCAGGGAGUGGGCAGUUUGUCCGGGAGUCAAAAAUCAAUACCAAGCUCAGAGGGAUCAGGUAGCCACAUCCGCUCGUCCAGUGAUGACCAGACCACCCUCACCCCACACAUCUCACUCUCACAGACCAGUGACCCCGCCCCUCCUCCGCAGAUGCCUCCUUCCAAGGGAAAACGAUUCCGUAAAAAGGAUCAUCUUCAACCAUGGCAAAGAAAGAGCAUCGGCUACGUUGGCGAGUUUAGUGAACUUUUUCAAACAAUCGCCGAUGAAGCUCAAACCUCGAAACAAGUUUCUCAUCCCUUGACAAAUACGACAAAGCCAACCAAUCAAUACCCGUCGUCCAAUCAAAAUGCAGCGUCCAAGUCACAUGAUCUACAGCCGUCAAAUCAAGCCAAACUCUCUAAACCUAAUGAGCAAUCGUCCAAUCAAAUUUCAGCACCUCCGAUGGUCAAAGCAACACUCGGUCCGAAAAUAGAGGUCAAAGAGUUCACUGGUGAUUUACGACAACAACCGUUCCAGACCACGCCCCCUUUUAAGCAUCCUAGCAAGCAGUCGAGUUCUCAGUCUCGUCCUACGAAAACAGUCGGUCAAAUUCGAGCGACGUCCACCAAUAAACACGGUACCAUACCGUCUCGCUAUCUACAAUACGAGUACGGUAGUCAACCCGACACAGACAGCCUUAGCUCCUAUCCAAGUAAGCGCGGCUACAAGAGCUCCAUUAAUUCCCUCAGUCAGCCGAGUAGCGACGAUGCCCCCGGCUCGGCGGCAGUCCGUUCACACAUGCAACCAAUGCUAGCUGCUUAUCAGCCAGAUGCUCAACAGAAGAGAGCUACUAUUGGUAGUACACGGCAAAGGGGCGGGGCAGAGCGCCCCCCUCAAAUGAAGAGAUCUAAUUCGGACGAUUCGAUUUACGAUAGUAGCACGCUUGAACGAAGGAAGAAACAAGGGCUUGGUGGCACUCCUUAUAAGGUGAAGCAACAGGGCGAUAUUAGUCCCUCUGGUAACAGGAGGUGGGCUAUGAAUAUGCUUAACAAGGACACACUUCCUGUUGAACACAGACAGGUUCAGUUCGGCAAUCGUCAAGGAAACAGGGGACGGCUACGUAACAGCAGUGCGAGUAGCGGGAGCUCGGGUGAUCGUCAGAGUGCAAAGGUCAUGGGAGGUCAACAAUGCUAUCAGCAUCAUGUGCCGAAAGGUCGUCCGGAAGUACCACCCCAAAAACACGCCCCCAACUGCCCCACUCAUGGACACUUACAUAAUCCCCCGUUACGAGUAACCAGAAGUGCUCAAGUACCCUCAGAUUCACCUUUGACCUCUUACCCUCGGCACUUAGCGUCAGCUACACACACAUUUCAGAUGAGAAGUGCGUCCAAUGGGAUGCCAAUGCAGCAGCAUCAACAUAAAAGGGGGCGUGGCACUCAUUAUCCUGGUCAUAUGACGUCUGGUGGAGGUCAUGUGACUAAGCGACGUGAUGUGGAGGAUCAUGUUGGAUCGCUUGUAUGAACAGAAAAUUAUUUCCAUACCUGAUGUGUCAAUCAAUUAAAAACUCUUUUUAUUACAAUUAUAAUAUUAUUUAAUGUAUUAUUGUGAUUUUAUCGCAAUUAUGAUUAAGCUG